UGCCGGGCAGAGGAUCCGAGGGGUGAGAGGACGUGCAGCAAGGGUUUGGGCUCCCCCACCCCCUGGGUGAGAUAGUGAGGCCCUGUGUGCAGGCAGCAGUUCAUUCUGGCUGGGAGUGUGGGAGAUAUGACAACUGAUCUUCGCAAAAGGAAGAAAGACACAGAACUGAAGAAUGCCGCACGUCAAGAAACUGUGGACAAAGAGAAAGUCAAGAAAGAAAAAAAAUCCUCUCUUUGCCUAAAGUGCUUCAGGUGGACAUUAAUCCUCGCAUUGCUCGUGGUCACGGUGGUCGGAGUUCGGUUAUACCGCGAUAAUGAACUAGUGAAACACCAUGAGGCUGCUCUGCGCACUUUGGGUAUGGAGGGUCUCUUGCUCUUCUCUUCACUCGAUGCUGACAAGGAUCUGUACAUAAGUCCUGAAGAGUUCAGACCUAUUGCCGAAAAGUUUACAGGGAUUUCUCCAGCAUUCGACUACGAGGAAGAGGAAAACUUGGAUCCAAAUGGGGAGGCACUAACCGUGGCUGCUCGGUUUCAGCCUCUGCUCAUGGAGACCAUGACCAAGAGCAAAGACGGGUUCUUAGGAAUCACCAACAAUGCUCUUUCGGGACUGCGAAACUGGACCACACCAGUAGUGCCCGACACUGUGGUUUUUGCCCGGCAGUUCAAGGCCUUCCUCCCACCGAAAAAUAAAGUAGAUCUUGGAGAUCCUUGGUGGAUCAUCCCUAGUGAGCUCAAUAUCUUCACCGGUUACUUACCUAAUAAUAGAAUUUAUCCUCCACCUCCAAAAGGGAAAGAAGUCCUCAUCCAUAAACUUCUGUCUAUGUUUCACCCUCGUCCGUUCGUCAAGACAAGGUUUGCACCUCAAGGAUCGGUGGCUUGUAUCCGAGCCCUCAGUGACUUCUACUAUGAUAUUGUGUUUCGUAUCCAUGCCGAGUUCCAGCUUAACGAGCCACCAAAUUUCCCUUUCUGGUUUUCUCCUGGUCAGUUCACCGGCCAAUUAGUCAUCUCCAAGGACGCUUCGCACGUGCGAUACUUCAAGCUCUUUGUCCCAAAUAACCGGACUCUGAAUGUGGACAUGGAAUGGCUGUAUGGAGCCAGUGAAAGCAGCAACAUGGAGGUGGACAUCGGCUACCUGCCCCAGAUGGAAUUGGAGUCUUUGGGUCCUUCCAUCCCCUCGGUGAUCUACGAUGAAAACGGGAACAUGAUCGAUAGCAGGAAUCCUGAUGGGGAACCUCUAGAAUUUGUAUUCGAGGAGAUAACCUGGGAGUCUGAGAUAAGCUGGGAAGAUGCCGCCAAAAAACUUGAAGUCACCAUGUACCCUUUUAAGAAGGUCUCCUAUUUUCCAUUCAAGGAAGCUUUCGAUAGAGCGUUUGCUGAAAAUAAACUUGUGCACUCUAUCUUACUUUGGGGCGCGUUGGACGAUCAGUCCUGCUGAGGUUCGGGGCGAACUCUCCGGGAGACCGUCCUGGAGAGUUUGCCCGUCCUUGCUCUGCUCAACGAGAGCUUCAUCAGUAGUUGGUCGCUGGUGAAAGAACUUGAGGAACUUAAAAGCAACAAAGGAAACCAUUCGUAUGCAACCUACGCCUCUCUCCACCUGGAAAAAUAUAACUUUCCCGUGGAGAUGAUGAUCUGUCUUCCUAAUGGAACCAUCGUGCACCAUAUUAACGCCAACUAUUUUCUAGAUAUCACCUCCGUGAAGCCAGAAGAAGUGGACUCCAGCCUGUUCAGUUUCACUGAUGGUUUGGAAGAUGUGUCCACUUCCACGUAUGUAAAAUUUUUGAAAGAAGGUUUGGAGAAAGCAAGACCUUAUUUGGAGUCCUAAGUGCGCACACAGCCAAAAUAUAUUUUUGUAUUUCUUUUUGGUCCCAUUGUCUACAUUGAUGGGGUCGCAAUCUACAUCUUGGGCUGUUGAGUGGUACCUCCUGUGACAGUAUUAUAAAAAAGGGGUGGACAAUCUAGGACACAUGAUUACUGUUCUCUUUUUGGUGCUGCUGUGUCACACUUCACCCCUUCAGGUGUUUUUUAAUGAGGCACAUCUCCUGGAUGUGUCAUCAAUGUGUGAUGGAUACAAGUUCCAUGUCUGGAACUGGCACCAAUGUCAAGAACAAGAGCCACGCGCCAACUCCAGUAGGAGUGAACGAAGAGAGAUGCCUAUAGCCGUACCCACCUCUCCAUUCAUGCUAUGUUCAAACAAGGAGGGAGCAGGUUUAGGGGACCUUCUUUCUUGAUAUAAGUGCAAGACCCAAAUGUGGGACCAGCCUCUAUGAGACAUUUAUAGCCUACCCUUUGGUAAUGGGAAUACCCCUUUAAAUUGUAUCCCGAAUUCCCAGUAAGGAGAUGAAAUGAUCCCACCCCCUUGACUCCAUAAGCCGAGGACUACUCCAUUGUCAGGGCUUAUGGGGAAUCAUGUUCUCUGACCUCUUUUUUGGGGGGAAGGGGGGGGAUCUGCUGAAUGUAUGAAGGGGUUUCCCCAAUUGCCAAAAGUAGGGAAUUCGGUAAAAUAAAGAAUAGAUCUAUACUCACUUGGUAAAUCCGAUGCCACAUUUGUGAUCCCACCAGUCUGUGUUCACUUGUCCUACACUCAUGACAUAGCGUACAUUUGCACUUGACCGCUACAGACAAUCGUUGUCCUCCGGCUUGGUACCGAUGAGGCCAUUGAUUGGAUGCACUGGUCACACGUACAGCACAUCAACACUGCAGGAUGAGUCAACAAAGACCGGUAGGACCACUGGAGCAGCGGCAAAUUUACCAGGUAAUUUAAUUCUUACCUAUUUUCUCCUUUUAGUAUUUUUAAUUAUUUUUUUUAAUAUCCUGGACACCCCCUUAAAGGGAACCUGUCCCUGGGAAAUUCACUAAUAGACUAGACAUAAUGCAUUGUAGGGCUAGCUCAGCUGAAUGUAAUGAUCGCUUUCACUUAGCGAUCUGAUGCUUCAAUCUGGAGAAAAUUGAGCAGGUAAGUGCCCCGAGGAGCGGGCACAAGCUCCUCCUGCUUCCUCUGCCAGCCCCUCCCCCUACUUCUUGAUUGACAGGUCAAGAUGGCUAUGUAGAAGCCCGAGGUGAGGGAGGGGCUGGCAAAGGAAGUGGGAGACAGGAGGUUCAAGGCACAAAGUGGUUUGAGCCCGCCCUCAGGGCAAUUAACUGCUCAUUUGCAUAUGGAUUAUAAGUACUUUUUGUCCAAAAUGAAGUAACAGAUCUCUAAGUGAAAGGUAUCAUUACAUUCAGCUGAGCUAGCCCUACAAUGAAUUAUGUCUAGUCUAUUAGUGAAUUUCCCGGGGACAGGUUCCCUUUAAGUGCCCACCGAGGGGAGGAGCAUAUGGUAAAAGCUAUUUUAAAGCCCAUUAUGGGAACUGCUGGGAGGAAAUACCUAUAAACUAUGCAUCCACGAAUAACUCUGCAAAUAUGUAUUCUUCUACGUGCCACAUUUUUGCAUCCUACAGCAGUGGAGACAGAAGAUUGCCUGUUGUCCCGGACGUCCUGCGCUAUAUGAUGGUUUAACCCUAAAUUUACUGCUAAUGGGUUGGACCUGAUUUUAUUUUGCGCAGUUCAGAUUCAGGAAGGGGAAACUUUGUCUCUCCUGCUUGUGUUUUUUUUAUUUUUUUAUAUAAACUUUUUGGGCGGGCCGUCCCGUGAUAUGGUCGAAGUAUGUGAGGUCUGUAAUAAUGUACAUGGAUUAGGGAACUGGGAGGUGACGUCAGAUGUAUAAUAAGUAAUGCGGGGGCGGUUUGUUAAGCACUGGAAAUAUUAGGAGAAUCUCAUCAUGGCAAGUGAUCGGUAAUGGGGCCCUCUCUGCGGUUAUGUGAAAGUCUGAGUAGUUGGACCCUGACAAUUACACUUUUAUGGCAUGUCCUUAGUAGGAUAACCCUUAAAGGGACACUUUGGAUUAUACCUAGUAUGUGCACUGAAGGGGUGGAGCAUAACAUAAUUUCUGUAUCAUGCUCCACCCAUGAGGAGUUUAUACAAAUCUAUUUAAACCACUUCCCCUUUGUAGAACCCUGUGUUAUACUUAGUAUAUGGACUGAGGAGUGGAGCAUGACCAUGCCUGUGUUAUGUCCUGCCCAUGAGGAAUUUAUACAAAUUUAUUUAAACUAGUUCCCCUUUUAGUAUAACUCUUAAAGUAACACUUUGGAUUAUGCCUAGUAUAUAGACUGAGGGGGUGAAACAUGAGAUAAUGCUUGUGUGAUGCUCCGCCCAUGAGGACUACUUCGCCUUUGUAGAACCCAAAAUUAUGUCUAGUAUAUGGACUGAGGGGGUGGAGCAUGACAUAAUGCCUUCCCUGCCCAUGAGGAAUUCAUACAAAUGAAUUUAACCCGCUUCUCCUUCUUAAAACCCUGUGUUAUACGUAAUAUAUGAACUGAGUGGGUGGAUCAUGUCAUGCCCUGCCCAUGAAGAAUUUAUACAAAUUUAUUUAACCUGACUUCUCUUUGUAGAUCCCCAUAUUAUGCCUAGUAUAUGGACUGAGGGAGUGGAGUAUGACAUUCCUGUGUCAUGCCCCACCCAUGAGGAGUUAGACAAGUCUUUUUUAAACUGCAUUCACUUUGUAGAACAGAGGGGUCCCUUAAUUUGGAAGAGUGUGAGCUUUAGCCAAUGGAGAGUGGAUUCCUGAGUUACCCCAGGAGCCAUAUGAAACGGACAACCCCUUUAAUAGUCACCUCCCAGCCCUGUAAGCAUGCACAAGAAACUCGCCUACAAUUCCACCUGUUAACUCCGCCCUCCACCAUAUGUUCCGCCACAUCUUACUGUAAGUCAUGUGUUACAUUGUGCAUUGUUAGAAUGUAUGGACUUAAGUGUUGCUAUGCAGAGAUAGGAUCCGUCCAAUGAUAGGAUGGGUCCAGAUUUUUUUUUUCUAUGUACUGUAUAUUUAGACAGUUUCACUAUUUUUCUAUUUUGCCUAUUUUGACAGUGUUAGAAUUGUAUUAUUUUACUAGACAUUUUCAGCCAUGUUGUGUUAUCCAGAAGGCUAAGGGUUAACCGGACAGAGAUUAAACUAUAACUGAGGGAACUGGGCCGUAAUAUACAAUGAAACCCUUUACUCCGCCAUCUGAUGGUCCAGAAAUCCUGAGUUUAGGGCAGUGGCUCAACUCCCCUACAUGUGAAUGCGCCCUACUUAUCCAUCUGAUAAUCCAGAAUAUUUCAUCAUUCAGCACCCGCCAGGUCCAAGUGAUGCCGGAUUAAAGGACUUCUAUUAUUAGCCUCUUAUAGGUAUUAUCUAUAUUACCAUUAUAAU